UGCCCACUCCAUCAAGCAAUGGGUACAACAACACAGGGCAUUCACGGGACCUCAUGGAACCACGGACCGCACCUGCAGAAACUGGACAACAGGGGAAGCAGAGGAGAUACCUAUCAUAGACUUCUCCCAGCUGACGCUUGACAUACCCCUACGCCACCUCCAGUGGUAGAAACAACCAGCUGGUAUGAUUGAGUAGAAUCAGCCAACAGUAACACGGAAGCAGCAAUGUGAGAGUCAGUAGUGCAUGACCUUAAAGGGUAAUAAUAGGAAGCUUCCGUUUAACACACAGGCCUAAGAUUACGUAGGUCUACAGCCCCAGUGGGAACUUCCCCUUUAAAAAGAUAUAUAAAGAGAACAGAGAUCAUAAGACAGCAUGAUCCUCACUAACAUAUGAAACAGACUUCAUAUGGAGAAUCAUCAUAGGUAAAUUUACUAUUGCACUAUACGCUUUUUGAUAGAGUAAAACAAUAUUUUGGGAACCGGAUAAUUGUGCAUAAGUACUUAUUGGGUCAUACUCUGAAGAAGCUGGUUGAAUCUUGUGAACCCGACUGAGUCUCCGAAAAACAGAGGUCUAAAACACCUCUUGAUCACAUAGACAAAGCGGGCGUUCGCAUUUUUGACACCAGAAACCAGAGGUGACUAGCAAUUCAAGGAAAAACAGCCAAGUACCAGUUACAAUAUAUUGAGUCCAUACACAGAGUUGGAAGUGUAUAGAGAUACUGGAAUUCGGAAUCUAGCGUCAUAGCUGUAAGAAUACCAAUUACGGGAAAGUGACCAAGGGGCUGAGCAUUUAAGGGAAAUGAGGCUGGGAGAAUAUAGAACCAGGCAUAGGGAAUGCAAGGUGGGAUGGUUCUGGUGGGUAAGUAUCCUUUCCACCAUAAUAUUAGUACCCACCGCCAUAAUAAUAGGACUAAACCUAGGGAUAGUGUAUGAAAAACAAGAGAGAGAAUUAGUACAGGGACUAGAGAUACUCCAAGAAAAAUGUGCCAACUCUAUACCAACCUAUAGAGCAUUUACAAAGAGAUGGGGCACACCAGUACAAUGCACCAUAACAAAUGACUCACUGUGUCCAGGACACCCUUCAGUCAAGUUAAAACAGAGAUAUAAUAUUACGAAAUGGGAUCUGACCUGGGACCAUAAUGAUACCAUAGUGGUGUUGUGGAAAUUAGUGACCAGUAACACACUCCAAGGGUAUAUAGUAAAUAUAACUAAAGGACCAGUACUGGUUAAUCAGACAUGUGAGAAUGGACAAUAUAUGAAUUCAUAUAAAGGUGGCCAGUGAAGGGGACAGCUGGGUGAUGCAGAGAAUAUAACGGAGAUCAAAUUUAUCUAUGAUCAAAGUACGGCCAGUUCACCAUGGGAAAGUGUUGAGUGCCACAGUUUAACGACUGCUCCCACCACCUCGGCCAGGCCUAGGAGGACGAAACCGACGCGUUGGCCUCGGAUGAGCAAAAAUAGCAUGACCACAAGUCAUGCAUCAGCAAGUCAUGCAUCUGCAAGUUCAGCAAUAACGACACCCCGUGAACCAGGCGAAAACAAUAUUAGCACCCUAGAGCGAGCUAAAAGGGAAGUGGCCCCCCUGACCACACUGGCGCACGACAAAACAGAACUUAACCUAACACACCCUGAGGGCCUAAAACAGGGUAUAGAUCAAGGGGGCUUAAAUAUAUUAUGUCUGAAAGAGAAUAGCUACAGGUACCGAGUAAGGCGCAGCACACAGAGGCGAAUUACAGGACCAAGCCCUGAAGCUAAAUGGUUGAAUGAUAUAGUGUUAUACCUACACCCUGGAAAUUCCUCCUCAUGGGAUAAUAGAAUACUGGGAGGAAGGAAGGGGAUUAUUUUACCAUAUGCAAAAAUAGAACCUAUAAGUAUCCAGGAUUUACUAGUGGCCCAUUAGAUAGAUUCCACCGGAUGGAAUAUGGAGUGUGGGGACAUGACAUUCCCCACUCCGCCAGGCCAGGAGAAAAACCAAUAAAGUAUUCCACCUCAGGAUGGGUAUGCCUUACGACACAGAAUAAUACAAACCCAGGGUUGGCCUAUCCCAGGUCAACCCCAUGGACAGCAUUAGACCUUAGGAGUUUGAAAGAAAAUUAUCAACAGAGCCUUGAGAUGGCCCAAAAAAUGUGUGCUAAAGCCCCAUUAUGGAACUGGGGACAAGAACCAAAUAACCCGUUCUAUAGGAAAAGAGGGAAGACCGCCCAACAGUAUUAUGACCAAUGGGUUAGACCCCCCGCAAAUAAAACUGAGGCCUGGGCACGAUACCAUUGCAUCUCAGCCCAUGGCAUAUUGAAAGAAUCAGGAAUCCCCCACUUCCAUAGAUGGUCAGGGGGACAUUAUCCUUCACCUGGAAUGCUGGGGGUAGCUCCGGCCUUCUCAGGCAGGAAUGAGAACGCAAACCAAAAAUUGGUAGACAUGGUAAACGCACGGGGCGCUUGCCACUCCAGAGUAUUGGCUGGAGGAGGUAUUUUAAAACAUAUAAGAACACAGGACAAAAUGGAACAUGUGCAUCAAUUUGGAUACAGUUUCCCUCCAAUAGGAAGAUUGAACACUGAUACCCUUAUAUGGAUGCAGGGAUUAAUGCUACAGAAAUGGAAUACAACCAUGGGAAAAAUGAUUAGGAAUGCAUUAAUAAUGAAAGAAACGGUCAUUAAAAACUUUGAAGCCAGCACUAGUAUGAAGAGUACCACGGUGUCCAAAACAUUUGACCCAAUAGCAAUGGGAUGGGAUAAACGCCCGUUAGACCCCACUCCGUUAACCGGAGGAUACGUACAAUUAGCAUGCUAUGGAGGCAUUAAAUUCCAUGUAAACCAAGGGGAUAUAGCUGGCACCAGGGAUCAGACCCUUCGAACAGAUCCCUCUCUAGCAGAUUGGGCUAGAUAUACCCUUGAACCCGUGACCGCCCGGUGGCUGAUGGGUGGGUAUAAGGAAUGGGCCAUAAAGCUAAUGUGGCCACAACAGGAUGAACCAUGGGGAGACCUAUGGGGGAAAGGGUCAGACUGGGAUAAGAAUAUGACCCUGACUUGGAAUAUGUCCACGUGUAAACAGUUAUUUGACAAUGGUACAGUAUCAGAAGGGUGCAGUAUAAUUAAACGAAACUUAGAACUGUUAAAAACUAUGGGGCAGGAAAACUACUGUAACAUAUUGAAGAGAAGGUUCUGGGACGAAGGAGCAGAUGGCAUAACGUGGUAUCGAGAUGAGGACACCACUAUGAGUAAUGCUUUAGGAGUCAACUGGUUAACUAGAGCAUGGGGAGGUUUUACCACAGGGAUGGCUAAAAUGGCAAAUGAUAUAAUAGUGGAACCAGUAAAUAAGGUGGUCACAGCCAUAAAUGACAAAUGGGAAGAAGUCACUUCAUGGUGGCAAGAAAUAAAAGAAAGAUUCUGGCUAGGGAUAAGUAUUACAGUAGGGAUCUUGAUAUUCAUAACGCUUAUGAUAGCCCUAAGCUACGCCAAAAGAAUGGGACUUCCAGUAGAUGCAGUACUGAGGAAGGGGUGGCUAUCCCUAUUUAAAAUAAUUAAAAUAACCCUUAGACUACUGAGAGAGUUAUUGAAGUUAAUACUAAAACUCUUGUGGAAAAUAUGCAAAGGAGUAAUAAUAUGGACUAUGGUAUACGAGAGAGUACAUCAAAGAUCUCCUGGCCGAUUAGAGCAACGGGAGACAGAGGGAACACGGGUAAACCUACUAGAGGUCACGAACUUGUGACCUGCCGAGAUGGCAACCGCAAACAUACACUGCUCUAAGAAAAGGAAGUAGGUAGUGUAUGACAAGGGGGGGGGUACUGGCUGAAGGUGAAUAAAGGGAAGCUGUUUCUGCACAAUAAGGCACAAACAACUUAAGCAGCCUGAGUGCAACCCAAUAAAGAAAAGCUCCUAAACCAUAGAAACUACAAACAACCUUCUAAGAAAAUGGCAUCCAACUCCUCCCACCAAUCCGACUUUGAGGACAGGGACCUGACUCAAAGCGACCCCCAGGAGGAGGUAGCUAUAACAUUGUGUCAACUACUACAGAUUAUGAUUUGGGGAAUGUUGGGUUGGAAAAAUAGGCAGGGUCAGGGGGUUAUAACGUUUUUAGCAAUAAUACUUACUACCCUAGUGGCAGUGAUUAGGUUUGGUUUAUCCAAAGGACGGACUGUAAUGUUGUCUAUGGUACCUGUGGUGGUAAUACAACAAAUGGCACCAGUACUGGGGAAACAUUAUGGGUUGAUACAAUUCGGAGAAACUAUGGCAGCAGUCUUCGGGGCAAUAGGCCAGAUAGGAGGCUUUAAAGUAAACAUGACAGAUACCACAGGGCUAUGUGAACAAUUGAAGGGAUUUGCAUAAGCUGGAUGGGUAAUGGAAGGGCUAACUUUGGUAAUAAUAAUAAUAAUGCAGUUGUGGAAAGAACUACAAAAACUGAAAAAUAAAAGAAACCAAAUUAGGAGACAGGUUUUAGGAAAAGCACUACCCGUGGUAAUAUGGGUAGUUAUAGCUAUGGCCCUUAAUGCCGUGCACCAUUUUCACAGGAAAUGGAAUGAACAAAGGCAAUUAUGGGUUUUGUGCUUACCAAUCUUUUCUCCCCCUCAUAUCCUUAGGAAAACCCCGCGAAGUGUGACAGGGUAAGACCUGGGUAUUACUUAAACCAAGACGGGGAGAGGGAGGAAAGGGUGGGAAAAAAAGGUAGGAUAGUUAGAGUAGAAGAGAGUAGGCGGCUAUGGUGUAAGGGAGCUGAGGACAGAGUCAUGAUAAACUGUGGGCGAUGUGGGAGAUUGGCCCCCCGGAGAAUUGGAGCAGGAAGACAUACAGGGGGUAGUCCUAUCUGGAACCACAUGGCUAUGUGAGGAUUGUUAUGAACCUCAUGAGGCGUAUCUGAUAGAAAGGAUAGGUGAGGAGGAAUACUUUGGCGCAGUUACAUCCUGGGGAUUCGGGGUUAACAUAAAAACCACAGCAGGAAGGCGUAGAGUGGCGAUAGGAAGGAAAGAGAAUAAAAUAGUAGACUUCAAAGAUAGUAGUAAAUGCCCAUGUCAGCCAGCGAAUUGGAAAUAUGGAUCACCACCUCUGGUGAUGAAAAAUGUAAGGACAACAAUGGAAAGAGAUACAAGGAGAGAGCCCCAAGUGAUGCUCGGGGACUUGGAGAAAUUUUGGACCAAAGAGGACUUAGACGUCCUAGAGAAACAUCAGAGCUACCUGAAUCAGGAUAAGGCUGGGCGGAGUGGCACGAGAGUGCAGUCAGGAGGUUUGGCCUUAAGUGGAAGAUGUUGGAUUGCAACAUAGGGGCUUGCAUGACCGACAACAGAUGGGUAGAAAUGAUGUUAGGAGAUAUCCAUGGGCCAAGAGCUAGGAAACAUGGAGUGAGGAGGAGAUUAACUGAGGAAGAGGUACGGGCCCAGAAAAAGGUACAGGGGCAAGGAAAAUAACCGGUUUUCCUUAUAGAAGAAAGUAAGGAAGAACAUGGAGAGGGACCAGGUUUGAAGAUAAGGAGUCUAAGAAGGUAUACCCCAAGGCACAGACAGGAUAAUCAGAGAUCAAGGAAAGAAAAGGAGAAAAGACAGAAAGAGAGAGGUAGGCAGCUAGUGAAAGGAUGGUUUGGGUGUGGCUCAAAAGACAAUGGCCCUAGUGGGCUGCUAGACGCAGAAGUUAGGAGGCAGACGGCACAGGGGCCAGCCUGGAGACCUAUCUGGGCACUAAAGGCAACAGAGGAAAGACAAGGUAAGACCAUACAAGGAGAUGGACCAGAGCAGAAAGGCGAGGGCUGUUCUAGCAUAACCAGAGGAAAAAUAAUUAGAGAUACCAGACGUGGGUAUAGGUCUUUUACACACGUUUGUAAAGCUUGCUUUUGUAGUGCAACAAGUAAUAAGUAUAAGUACUGUACAUAUGCAGAAGAUGAAACAGAGGACUGGCCCAAAGAUGGGUCAUAUGUAAACAUUCUAUUGUACGGCAGAAUAACUGCUAGAUCCGUAACGGAGGACAGUCAGUACCUCAAGAGUAGGUAUUGGUUGAAGAUGGAAGACGGGCAGGAGGUUAGCUAUGGCAUGAUACAGAGAAUAGAUGGGCUAAUGUUAGGGGUAUGCUAUGAUGGGGGAAUAAUGAGGCGAGGAACUAAGAGAAAGGAGUGUUCAGAUGCUGGAGAGGGUGUGACAAGAGAUGAAAAGAAUCUGCCCACUCCAUCAAGCAAUGGGUACAACAACACAGGGCAUUCACGGGACCUCAUGGAACCACGGACCGCACCUGCAGAAACUGGACAACAGGGAGAAGCAGAGGAGAUACCUAUCAUAGACUUCUCCCAGCUGACGCUUGACAUACCACCUACGCCACCUCCAGUGGUAGAAACAACCAGCUGGUAUGAUUGAGUGGAAUCAGCCAACAGUAACACGGAAGCAGCAAUGUGAGAGUCAGUAGUGCAUGACCUUAAAGGGUAAUAAUAGGAAGCUUCCGUUUAAACACAGGCCUAAGAUUACGUAGGUCUACAGCCCCAGUUGGGAACUUCCCCUUUAAAAAGAUAUAUAAAGAGAACAGAGAUCAUAAGACAGCAUGAUCCUCACUAACAUAUGAAACAGACUUCAUAUGGAGAAUCAUCAUAGGUAAAUUUACUAUUGCACUAUACGCUUUUUGAUAGAGUAAAACAAUAUUUUGGGAACCGGAUAAUUGUGCUUAAGUACUUAUUGGGUCAUACUCUGAAGAAGCUGGCUGAAUCUUGUGAACCCGACUGAGUCUCCGAAAAACAGAGGUCUAAAACACCUCUUGAUCACAUAGACAAAGCGGGCGUUCGCAUUUUUGACACCAGAAACCAGAGGUGACUAGCAAUUCAAGGAAAAAACAGCCAAAUACCAGUUACCAUAUAUUGCGUCUAUGCACAGAGUUGAAGUGAAUAGUAUUAGGAUAUACACUUUUUGUUGGACUAGAACAGUAUUUUGAGAGCUGGAUAUUUUUGCUUAAGUACUUAUUGGGUCAUACUCUGAAGAAGCUGGCUGAAUCUUGUGAACCCGACUGAGUCUCCGAAAAACAGAGGUCUAAAACACCUCUUGAUCACAUAGACAAAGCGGGCGUUCGCAUUUUUGACACCAGAAACCAGAGGUGACUAGCAAUUCAAGGAAAAACAGCCAAGUACCAGUUACAAUAUAUUGAGUCCAUACACAGAGUUGGAAGUGUAUAGAGAUACUGGA